ACAGAAUACACUAACACUAAUCUAUUUAAGUUUAUCUUGAUCAAACACCACACAUUUGAAACAAUGAAGCUUGCUUCGUUUUACAUUUUUGUUCUUUUCGUAGCAACUCAUUUUGCUACAGCCGACAAAAUUCACAAAAAAGAAUACCGAAAGUCAUACCGAGAAGCACUGAAGCCAUAUCUUCUUAACAGAUGGGAUGACUCUAACUUCUUGGAAAACUUUUGGGGUAAACUGGAAACUGUGAUCAAAGAUGACGCUGUACUUGAUGUUCUGCGUCAAAUGGGAUCGUUUUUUGAGAAGUUUGUCCGAACAACAAAGCAAAGUUCAGAUCUUGCCGAAGUGAAAUUCACGACGAUUCCGGUCCUAACUGGUUUUCACGAAGGCACUCCAAAUGCUGGAAAAGAGAGAAAGCAGCCACUGGAAGGGUUGAAGAAGGAGACUGGCAAUGGGAGUGGUAGUGUCCCGGUGGUGUUGUGGCAUGGCAUGGGCGACUGUUGCUGCAACCCUCUGAGCAUGGGAUCCAUCAAGAGGCAGAUUGAGAGACAAGUGCCUGGCAUUUAUGUCCACUCUUUGAUGAUUGGCAAUAACAUAAUCGAGGAUACUUUGAAUGGUUUCAUUAUGAACGUCAACGACCAAGUGACACAAGUGUGUGAAAAGAUAAAGAACGACUCUAACUUGGCCAACGGGUACCAUGCCAUGGGGUUCAGUCAGGGGGGCCAGUUCCUGAGAGCAGUGGCCCAGAGGUGUCCCGAUCCCCCCAUCAAGAAUCUGAUCACCUUUGGCGGACAGCAUCAAGGCGUUUUUGGCCUCCCCAACUGUGACCCGGACAAGGAGGUGUGUGACAUCCUGCGGGAUGAAGUGACGGGACUCCUCUACUCCUCUCCAGUGCAGGACCACAUUGUCCAGGCAGAGUACUGGCACGACCCCAGAAACCCACGACACUACCAGAAUGCGAGUGUGUUCAUUGCGGAAAUCAACAAUGAGAACAGGGUGAAUUCAGAGUAUAAGAAGAACCUUCUGCAAGUGUCCAACUUCGUGAUGGUGCAAUUUACAGAAGACACUGAAGUAGUGCCACGGGAGAGCGAGUGGUUCGGCUUCUACCAGGAUGGUCAGACGAAGACAGUGGUUGCCCUUGAGAACACAACUCUGUACUCUGAAGACAGACUGGGACUGAAACAGAUGGACGAAGAGGGCAGACUGAUCAGGUACCCGAUCAAGGGCAACCACCUCCAGAUAGACAGAGAAGACCUAGAUGACAUCAUUGACAAGUACAUCAAAUGAAGGAGUAGAGAGAACGGUCCAUUUUCAUAGAUUAAAUUUAUGUACGCGGGAUUCUCAAUUGAAAAAAUCUGUUUUUUCAUUAUUAACCUAUUAUAAAGAAUAGUCUUAAAUGUUAUUUAGAAGGAAUAAAAUACUAAACUUUGU